AUGGCCAAGCGCACCAAGAAGGUCGGUAUUGUCGGAAAAUACGGCACCCGCUAUGGUGCGUCUUUACGUAAGAUGGUCAAGAAAAUGGAAGUGACGCAACAUUCGCGAUACACAUGUGUUUUCUGUGGAAAAGAAGCCAUGAAACGCAAAGCUGUCGGUAUCUGGAGUUGUUCCAAAUGCAAUAAGACCGUUGCUGGAGGAGCGUGA